ACGUUGUUUACAAAUUCACAAUUACUUCGUAGAUCCUGCCUCACUUACUUUUUCUGUUCUAAAUUUUGCAUCUUCGUCAUUUUCCUAUUGUUCCAUUUCCUAAGAAACAUAGUAUCAAAGAGGUUCGUAAAUAGCAUUCCUCAACCUCGAGUUUCUUUCUGUCUCUUACUGGAACUUUUAUCAAUUGGGUGUGGUGCACUUCAUAUCUUUCAUCGCUAACAGCCACUACAUUCCAGUUCGACUCGCUUCGUCUAUUUCCUCUCUUACCGCAAUCCAUUGACUAGGGGUACUGCCGAAUCGAGUAGCUUGACUCGGCCUUUAUCCAUCCCGUCGCAUUCUCUAAUAUCUACCUACCUGGAAAUUCGCUUGACCUUCUUAUCAACGGGCAAGAUUAAUCAUUAGCCAAGAUGGACUACGCAGCCGAAGAUAGCCAAAAUUCUGCACCUGGUAGUGUCCAAGCGGCCAAGCUCGGCGGCACACGGAAAGGCCCAGAUGCACAGAGUGUGACGAAAAGAUUGCAGACAGAACUUAUGCAGUUGAUGACCUCGCCUGCCCCUGGUGUUUCGGCCUUCCCGUCGGCGGAUGGAAACCUGAUGUCCUGGUCCGCGACGAUCGAGGGCCCUGACGAUACUCCGUAUGCUGGUCUUACCUUCAAGCUAUCAUUCUCUUUCCCGACCAAUUAUCCUUAUGCACCCCCGACAGUGUUGUUCAAGACACCUAUCUACCACCCCAACGUAGACUUCUCCGGCCGCAUUUGCCUGGAUAUUCUAAAGGACAAGUGGACCGCCGCGUACAACGUUCAGACCGUUCUGCUAAGUCUGCAGAGUCUGCUCGGAGAGCCGAAUAACUCUUCCCCAUUAAAUGGCGAGGCUGCUGAAUUAUGGGACAAGGAUGCAGAGGAAUUCAAGAGGAAAGUGCUGGGUCGUCACCGUGAUGUAGACGACGAUUAGAUGGUCUUUAUUAUACCUUUCGUUCCUCAAACUUUCAUAUAUCUGGGUGGUUGAGGGUCAACCAACAUGGAGAAUGGAGUCAGCGCUUGCACGGUUUGUGUAACGAGGCUCAGCUGUCUCGGCUUCUCGUAUGCAUUGCAUUUACAGGCGGUUCCAGGCUGGAGAUAGCACUUCCUUUUAUUAUGACAUGCGGCAGCAUUGCACAAAUUGCCAACGUUUGAUAUUGCCUUUACGCAUCAUGAUA